UGUAGAUCAUCUCGCAUUGUUAUUGACACUUCUACGAUCAGGUCUUGUGGGGGUUUCUGGCGACUGUAUGCCUUACAUUUGCAUGUUCAGUUGCCAAAGUAUGGCUUGAUUACAAGAGAUCUUCACAACGAGAAACGAGUGCUAAAUUAGACCGCUGGUCCUUUGCACUUGGAAGCGUCAUCAUGGGAUUUAGCGAUCAGCAAGUGAUAACCGGAAUAUCGAUCAUCGUCGGAGGUGUUUCUCAACUGCAAUGGGGAAUAUCCAUCUACCAUUGGCAGUCAGUGGUCAACUUUGCCUGGCUUUCUACCAUUACCCAUAUCAUGACGCUGUCGGUCCUCAGGAACGAGAUUCGGGCGAACAAAACGAUCAGAUUUGUCCGAUUCGUUGCCAUAGGUAUUCUGAUCAUGACGCUGAUUUCUGUAUCAUAUCCUAUCGGUUACACCUCUAGCCCAGAUAUGUACCCCGAUCGUUCGCUCGCCAGUGGAUUUCCUGCUUGGUGCCUAUACGAAAAUCUGCUUUAUCCAAACUCGAGUGGCGCUAAGCCGGAAUACAAUUGGCUUUACUUCGUGGUCGCUGCUACUUUCCUUGGAUUCAGCUAUGUUACUAGAGUCUCACUACUGUACUCUAAUACUGGUUUCAUCCAUGGCGUCCUCCACAUUCCCAAAAAUCAACCUUCAACAUAUAUUGAGUCGAAACUGUCAAUUUUAAAAGAGAGACAGAACGAGCGAAGGAAAGUGCGAUACUACAUCAUAUUUAGAGUCCUGGAAUCUUUAUAUAUGCUAGUGGUAUGUGGCAGUAGCCUUUACCGAUCUCAAGUAUUCGAGGUACUCUGGUUUUUUUUCGCUAUCGCAUGGGGAAUCAUUCGUGUGAUUGUUUCUAGAGCAGAUAGUAUGUACGAAGACUACAUACCGUCAGCGGUUUCGGAUCAACACUCUAUUUGGGGCUUCGGUCAAGCUGUUGCUAUUGGGCUGUUAGCCAUACCGAUCGCUAGCUUUUUCGGUAAAAGUAUCGUUCCUGUCUUCCACACCGUAAUUUACAGAUAAAAAUAGGGGCUUUCUUCACUUGUACGCCAGAGUCAGUCUUGCGCAAUACCGCCACUUCGCAGCAACAGCGACAACAACAACAGAUAGAUCAUGUCAACUUAUCUCCUCUCGAAUUCAAAGACCAAUUGCUUGCAUAUCCAUGGUACAAGAACCCCCUUGUCCUUGGAUAUAUACUGUCCGUCGAAUAUGCAGCAUUGAUGUUAUAUUCUUUGCCAGCCAACUCACUGGGUUUGUUCUACGCAGGAAUUAAUAGUUGGUGGUUGUUAGCAGGUUUGGGUUUCUGGGCCUUUUCAGCUUUCCUUGUUUUGUGGUUAUCUACUCUCGUCUUCAUCAAUCCUAGUCUUCGCAAACUGUGGACUGACCUAACAGAAGGUACGAUAUUUUGUCAAGAGGGCGUAUCUAGUAUGCUAUGGAUUGUGACAAUUUUUGUCCUAUCCGCAAUCUUGCCUGUAACUUGUAUAGUUUUGAGUCUGUCGUUGGGUAGUUAGUCCUUUGACUAGUCAAAUUCAACUUGAGAUGAAUUCCUUCAACUAUGCUACGGCACACAAAUGUAAUGCCAAUGGUCAGCCGCAAGUAGGCGUCGCAGGUACGGUCUGGCGGAGCAAAGGUUGGCCGGUCAUGAUCGCCUGAGAAGUCAUUCAAUUGGAUGUCUU